AUGCCUCGUCUCCUCUUACCCUGUCCCUGCCACUCUUCGUGCAUGCACUGCCACUCUUCGUGCAUGCACUGCUUCGUUCAUCGGGCCACACUCCCCCUACUCUCCCCUCACACCCCUGCGCCCACCAGGCACACGCGGCCCCACACAGUGGCCGUGCUGGUGUACCGCGGUGUCAACAGCCCCGCUCUGCGCCUCUCCUUCCGCCCCGCCCCUACCUUGGCCCCCCACGCUCCCCUCACCUCACCCCCUCAAGCCGUGGCCUUGGAACGGGACCAGUCCUCUUCCACUCCCCUCACCUCGUCCCCUGCCUCUCCUCCCGUUGCCUCCUCCGAGUCUCCUCUCACUGCAUCGUCUGCCACAGCUGGAAGGGUGGGAGAGUGUGGUGGGGGGGAGGGGAUGGCAGGAGAUGGCGGGUGGAGGGGCGGAGGAGAGGAUGGGGAUGGCAAGAGGCGGGUGGAUGGAGAGGGCAGUGAGGGAAAGGGUGGCGUGGGUAGAAAUGGGAAAUGCGGGGAUGGCAGCGGAUGGAGGGAUGGGGAGAGAGUGUGUGCAGGAGGCAGGCAAGCAGUGCAAGGGAGUAGAGGAGGGCUGGGUGGGGGACGAGAUGGGGGAGGAAGGGACGGAGGGGUGGUUGGCGGUGAGGGGGAGUUGGAGGCGGUGUGGGAGGAGGUGGGUGUGGUUACUGCUGAUGACCUGGCAGCUGCUGACAUCGUGCUGACGUCGUACGACACGCUGCGUGGCGACAUCUGGCACGAUGUGGGUGGGCAGGGACACGUGGCAACAAGGCAGCUGCGAUACGAGAAGAGGUAUCGAAUCCGCCCCACACCGCUAACACAGCUGCGGUGGUGGAGGGUGUGUCUGGAUGAGGCGCAGCUGGUGGAGGGCGGAGCGUCCAACGCGGCCCUCAUGGCGGCCCGCCUGCCAGCGCGCCUCCGCUGGUGUGUCUCCGGCACGCCGCUGCACCGGGGGCUCUCGGACCUGCUCGGCCUGCUUCGACACACUGCUGCUGAUGGUAUGCGCGAAUGGUGUGGAUAUUGGGAUGGAUAUUGGGAUGGAUAUUGGGAUGGAUAUUGGGAUGGAUAUUGGGAUGGAUAUUGGGAUAUAUGGAUGGAUAUUGGGAUGGAUAUUGGGAUGGAUAUUGGGAUGGAUAUUGGGAUGGAUAUUGGGAUGGAUAUUGGGAUGGAUAUUGGGAUGGAUAUUGGGAUGGAUAUUGGGAUGGAUAUUGGGAUGGAUAUUGGGAUGGAUAUUGGGAUGGAUAUUGGGAUGGAUAUUGGGAUGGAUAUUGGGAUGGAUAUUGGGAUGGAUAUUGGGAUGGAUAUUGGGAUGGAUAUUGGGAUGGAUAUUGGGAUGGAUAUUGGGAUGGAUAUUGGGAUGGAUAUUGGGAUGGAUAUUGGGAUGGAUAUUGGGAUGGAUAUUGGGAUGGAUAUUGGGAUGGAUAUUGGGAUGGAUAUUGGGAUGGAUAUUGGGAUGGAUAUUGGGAUGGAUAUUGGGAUGGAUAUUGGGAUGGAUAUUGGGAUGGAUAUUGGGAUGGAUAUUGGGAUGGAUAUUGGGAUGGAUAUUGGGAUGGAUAUUGGGAUGGAUAUUGGGAUGGAUAUUGGGAUGGAUAUUGGGAUGGAUAUUGGGAUGGAUAUUGGGAUGGAUAUUGGGAUGGAUAUUGGGAUGGAUAUUGGGAUGGAUAUUGGGAUGGAUAUUGGGAUGGAUAUUGGGAUGGAUAUUGGGAUAUAUGGAUGGAUAUUGGGAUGGAUAUUGGGAUGGAUAUUGGGAUGGAUAUUGGGAUGGAUAUUGGGAUGGAUAUUGGGAUGGAUAUUGGGAUGGAUAUUGGGAUGGAUAUUGGGAUGGAUAUUGGGAUGGAUAUUGGGAUGGAUAUUGGGAUGGAUAUUGGGAUGGAUAUUGGGAUGGAUAUUGGGAUGGAUAUUGGGAUGGAUAUUGGGAUGGAUUGUGGGGAUGAACGGAUAUGGGGCUCUGAUGUGGCGCCAUCACAAGGCUGACGUGGCAGACGAGCUGGCGCUGCCACCUCAGCGGCAGCUGCUGACGGUGCUGCGGUUCAGCGCCAUCGAGGCGCACUUCUACCGCCAGCAGCACGCCAAGUGCGCCCAACGCGCCUCCAGCAUGCUGCGCUCCGUGGCACGCGGGGGACGGAGGGGCGGAGGUGGGAAGAGCGGAGGAGCAGGAGGAGGAGUAGAGCGAGUGAGAUCAGAUGAGGGAGGCGGUGGGGAUGGUGCAGAUGAGGAGGGGGGGCAGCAGCAGCAGCAGCAGCAGCUGGUGCUGGGGUCGCGGUCAUUGGCGGGUGCAUAUCGGGGCGACAUGGAGCGGUUCCUGGCGUCGCUGCUGCUGCUGCGCCACGCCUGCUGCCACCCUCAGAUUGGCUCCGGUGGGCUCAGGCCGCUGGGCUCCCACGGCCGCCCCAUGCACAUGGACGAGGUGCUGCAGGUGCUGGUGGAGAAAGCACGUGUGGAGGCGGAGGAAGCCCAGCGCCUGCUCAUCUCCGCACUCAACGGCCUCGCUGCCCUCGCCGCCAUCCACGCGCCCGCCCUCCCCCUCCGCUCCUCCUCGCUACCCGUCUCUUCCUCCUCCGCUCGCUCUCAUCUCCACACUGAGAACAGCAGUGAGCAGUGGCGGGCGGGGGCGGCGCAGGCGGUGAGCAUUUACCGCGACGUGCUCCGUCUCAUGGAUGGGGAUGGCCCCGCGGAUGGGGAUAGGAAUGGCGGGAGGGCAGGCCACGGCCAUGGGGAUGAGGAGGCAGGGAGGGGACGAGAUGGGGAUGUGGAUGGGGAUGGUGGGGAGGAAGGCAGAGAGAACAGGUUGUCUGUGGUUCGCCCCCCCUCACAUGGCAGUGUGCUGCGCACGGACCCCCUGCAGCGCCUGCACGUGCUGCACAACCUGCAUGCGCUGCUCGCGCUGCUGCACACUGCCAGGGAUGGAGAAGGGACAGGAGAGGGUGGGCCUGGGUGCAGUGCGGUGGAGCCCGGUGGUGAUGGAGCAGGGCUGGGUGUGGCGCGGACACUAAGGGAUGGACGGCUGGAGGCAGAGAGCGGUGAGGUGAAGGAGCGGUACUUGGCUCCCGUGAGGUCCCGCGCUGCUGCUGCUCAGAAAGCCUUCGAGGAGACACACGCUCAGGUGGAGGCCCAUCUGGCGGCCGCCCGCCUCUCCACCACCACCACGCCCUGGUGGCUCUCGCUCCUCACCGCACUUCACUCCUCUGCACCGCCCGGCAUGGCGGAGAGUGUCACGGCACGCCUGCACCGUGCACUACUGGACGACGAUCACCGCCCGGCUCACACCCACAACAUGGCCAGCCUUGGACUCAGGUUCCGCACGCUGCACGGGUUGAGGCUGGUGCUGGCGGGGGAGGUGGACUCGCUGCUGGCGAGCAGGCGGGAGGUGCUGCAGCGCGUGCUGCAGGCGGGGGGGCAGGUGGCGGCGCAGGGCGUGCAGGGCAGCCUGGUCGCACAGGCCGGCUCGUGUGCUCGCUGCUGUGCCGGGCAGGAGGGGGAGGAGGGGGUGGAGGCAAGGGGGGCUGGGGGAUUGUUGGUUGGAAUGGGUGUUGAGGGGUGUACGGAAGGGAGUGCGGGGGAUGAGUGCUGCAUGCACUGCAAGACACAAGAGUUCUUUGAGAGGUGCCUUGCUGUGCUGGCUUUUGUGCUGCGAUCGCUGCCACGUGGCAUUAUUCCAGAGGACGAGCAAGCCAGCCUGGCAGCUGCGGCGUCCAGCUCGUUGGAGGCUCUGGAGGCCAUGCGAAAGGAAUUCCUGGUGGCGCGAGCAUGGUCGGAGGCGCAGAGGGGGGUGCUGCGAGCGCUGGACGAGCUGCACAUGGCCGUCACGCGAAUAACGCUGCGCCACGUGGACGAGCCGCCAGCUGCCACGUCAGCAGCAACGCGCAUGGCGCGCGUGAGUGAGGAGGAGGUGGCGGCGCUGAGCGUGGUGCUGACGCAUGACAGGCUGGCAGCUGAUGCUCAGCUGCAGGCCAGCCGCGCCCAGCUGAGGUACCUGCGCGGACUGGCUUCUGCUAGACGGCGCGUGGUGCGAGGAGGGGGAAGCAUGGGGACAGAGAUGGGUGGAGCUGGGGGGGAUGGGAGAGGGAGCGAGAAGGUUGGGAAUGGGGGGAGCGGUGGAGUAGAGGAGGGGGAGGAGGGGGAGGAGGAGAGUUGCCCUGUGUGCAGGGAGGCAUUGGGCAGCACAUGUUUGCUGGUAGAGAGGUCCCCUCAAGCCACCACCACCGCCAGCAGCACCAACAGGGAGCGACGCAUGCGGUGCCCCACAUGCCGCCACGUGGCAAGGGCAUCUGAGAUCGCCUACGUGGACAAUCGCAGGGACCACCAUGGGUACCCUGCUGCUGCCCUGCAGGUGAAUGAGAGGUCAGGUGGCGAGGGAUUGGAUUCGGUUGGAAGCGGUGGGCACCGUACUGGUCCCUGCCAUUGCGGUUCAACAAUGUCAUCGACAUCAUCAGCAGCAGCAGGAGCACUGUCACAUUGCAGCAUGGAGGCACGCCGUUGCUCCUGUCGCAGUACCUGCAGUGGUGGGGGCGGUGGAUGGAGGGAGGGCGAGGAGCAGGAGUUGCCAGAUGAAGUACAGAUGCAGGAGGAGCACAUGAGCCUUCACACAGGCUUCGGCACCAAGGUACGCACUGUGGUGCUGAGGUGCAAAGCUACUGAUACGGAGGUGCCUCCGGCAUUGAAGCGCUUCAGAGAGGCCGCUCCCCCAGCAGCCCUUUCUGCCCGCCCCUCCCAUAAGCCCCGCUCGAAGCGCCGCAAGCACUCCCUCGCCUCUCCCCUGCCACCUGCCAUCCCACCGGCCGCUGCUGCAGCAGCCGCUGCCACAGGCGGGGCAGCGGGGGCAGAGAGCAGUGCGCAAGGCGGGGAGGGUGGUGGAAGGGAAGCGGGAGAAGGUGGGGGCGGGGGAAUUGGGGAGCAGUGCCGAGUGCUGCUGCUGGUUUUGGCGGUGGGGGGCAACGGGCUGAACGUGGUGGAGGCGCAGCACGUGGUGUUUGUGGAGCCGGGGCUCAAUGCGGCCGCUCAGGCACAGGCUGCCAACCGCGUGCACCGCAUCGGCCAGACCCGACAGACCUUUGUGCACCGCUUCAUUGUGCACGGCACGGUGGAGGAGCCCAUUCACGCCCUCGCACGCUCCAAAGCCGCUGCUUCCCCCCUCGCCGCCGCCCACAGUGUCGCGAGUCCUCUGUCCUGCCGGGACCGUGACUCGCUCACCCUCGCUGACGUCACCGCUCUCUUCCCCCAGGCCUGA